AGUAAGUGGACUGAAACUUCCGCUGUUGGGACAUUUCCUUACAGGAACUCAUGGAGCCAGAAGCUGGGACCAACAGGACAGCUGUUGCUGAGUUCAUUCUACUGGGCCUAGUGCAAACGGAAAAGAUACACUCUGUGGUCUUUGUACUCUUCCUCUUUGCCUACCUGGUCACAGUUGGGGGCAACCUCAGCAUCCUGGCAGCUGUCUUUGCAGAGCCCAAACUCCACACCCCUAUGUAUUUCUUCCUGGGGAACCUGUCAGCACUGGAUGUUGGAUGUAUCACUGUCACUGUUCCUGCAAUGUUGGGUUGUCUUCUGACCCACAAAUGUACAAUCUCCUAUUAUGCCUGUCUUACACAGCUAUUCUUCUUCCACCUUCUGGCUGGGAUGGACUGCUUCCUGCUGACUGCUAUGGCUUAUGACCGAUUCCUGGCCAUCUGCCAGCCCCUCACCUACAGCACCCGCAUGAGCCAGACAGUCCAGAAGAUGUUGGUGUUUGUGUCUUGGACUUGUGCCUUCACCAAUGCACUGACCCACACUAUGGCCAUAUCUACACUCAACUUCUGUGGCCCCAGUGUGAUCAAUCACUUCUAUUGUGACCUCCCACAGCUCUUCCAGCUCUCCUGCUCCAGCACCCAACUCAAUGAACUGCUGCUCUUUGUAGCAGCAGGCUUUAUGGCUGUGGCCCCCUUGGUUCUCAUCACUGUGUCCUAUGCCCAUGUGGUAGCUGCUGUGCUACAAAUUCGCUCUGCAGAGGGCAGAAAGAAAGCCUUCUCCACAUGUGGUUCCCAUCUCACUGUGGUGGGCAUCUUUUAUGGGACAGGUGUCUUUAGCUACAUGAGGCUGGGCUCAAUGGAGUCUUCAGACAAGGACAAAGGGGUUGGGAUUUUCAUGACUGUUAUUAACCCUAUGCUGAACCCACUUAUAUAUAGCCUCAGGAACUCUGAUGUUCAGGGUGCCCUGUGCCAGGUACUUUUGGGGAAGCGGUCACUGACCUGA